AUGACUCGUCGCUUCAAUGUCGGCGACUACGGCGGCGGCGAUGAGCCAGCGGCGAAGGGCGCGUUGCUCUCGUGGCGUGAUGAUCCGGAUGAGACUCUCUCUGAUUGGCGCAUCGAGGUCAACGUGCCGGACGCCGCCCGGAACAGCAAGACGUAUCAUGUCCACAAGGUCGUGAUUGCAGGCGGCCCGCGCAAGAGUGACUAUUUCGUGCGACAGUGCCGCGGCAAUGGCGCUUCGCGCCUCGCAGAGGCAGCGCGUGGCGAGAGCAAGCUGGACCUGGAUGCCGAGGCUGCGGAGGCGAUGCCCGCUUUCCUCGAUUAUGUGUACACGGGUGAGCUGCAAGCGACCAAAGAAAACGCUUGCGCGCUGUUCCACCUGGCCGAGUAUACGGCGAACCCCUCGCUCCAUGCUGAGGUGAAGCUGUAUCUCGAGGAGAGUCUCGACUACACGUGCGCUCCGACGUACAUCGCGCACGCUCAUCUCUUCUCGCAGGACAAGCUGAUAGACGCUGCGGUGGAGGCUGCCGCCGAACAACUCCAGCUGUACGCGGACCACGUCUUUUUGCCUGGAGAUCAUCGUUUCGACCCGGCUACGGCCGAUAACUUCAGCGGCUGCCCGGAGCUCCACGAUCUGUUUGCUCUGCACCACACGCUCUUCGCUCGUGUGGUCACAUCGGACCACAGACCGGAGGCCGACCACGGGGGCUACUACCACGGCGGGGGCUACUACCACCAGAGGCACGGGGGAGCUGGUGUGUCGUGGUGUGUCGUGCGGCUUGUCGCAGACUACUGCACCCGGCGCGCGGACGAUAUUGACGCGAGCUUCCUGGAGGCCGUCGUCGACGAGUCGUUCCUGGACAACCUCGGCAGUGACGUCGCAAUGCCGCUGCUCGAGGCGGCGAUGAAGCAUCCCGGCAGCGACGCCAGCACAAAGCUGCGAGACAGGUGUAUCCAAAAGGCGGGCGAGGACUGGAAGAAAACGCUGCUGCCGCUGGCACAGAAGGAGAAGCGGCGGCGGGAGGAGCAGGCUGCGGCGGAGGAAGCAGCAGCGGCACGCUCGCGAAAGAAGAAGGCCGCGAAGCGCACAGCUCCGCCGGCUGCAUCAUCGUCCGAGACGGUGCCUGCCAUGCCGCUCGGGCCCGGACUGCCCGCAGAUAUGCAGCUCAAGCUUCUGGGCAACAUGCUGCUGCAUCAGGGCGGCGAGGACCCUUUCGACUAG